CACUCAUUCUGGGUCUGGGAACGAGUCUCUUUUGUGUGGAGCAGCCUUUGGUGGAGUGUCAGUGGUGCCCAGCCUCCUGUAAGCCAUGCCUUCUGUGUUUGGAAGCAAAUGCUUGAAAGAUGGUCAAGCUCCUUGCACACGGGGAGAAUCCUUGAUGCACGCGGAGAAAAAGUCGCCCGUCGACAGGGUUUUUGAAACUUUCCCCGCCGGGCACAAGUCGUCUGCUCUCAGAGAAGACGACUCGUGCCUCAAUGAUGAGGACAAAUCCCACAGGAAGUGUGGAGAAAACGGCGGAAAUGGGACCAACGCAGAGGAGAAGGCUGCUCAGAAAAAGUGGAUCCGUCCUGAUUUGCCCAGCAGGUGCACCUGGAGGCCGGGUGCUCCGAUGUCAGAGUCCCCUCACAGCCAGCCACCUCGCAUCACACCGCCGAGCAUCCUCCCCAACAUCCUCGGACACAUUGGAUACACGCCUCUGGUUCGCCUGAACAAAAUCCCAAAGCAGUUUGGCUUAAAGUGUGAGAUUUUGGCCAAGUGUGAGUUCUUCAAUGCAGGAGGCAGCAUUAAAGACAGAAUCGCUCUGCGGAUGGUGGAGGACGCUGAGAGAGACGGGACCCUCAAGCCAGGGGACACAAUCAUUGAGCCCACCUCUGGAAACACAGGAAUCGGCCUUGCCCUCAUGGCGGCGGUAAAAGGCUACCGCUGCAUCAUUGCAAUGCCCGAGAAGAUGAGUAUGGAGAAAGUGGAUCUGCUGAAGGCUCUCGGGGCGGAAACCGUGCGCACUCCGACAUCCGCGGCCUUCGACUCGCCGGAGUCUCACAUACGCACAGCCUGGAGGUUAAAGAGCGAGAUUCCCAACUCGCACAUCCUGGACCAGUAUCGUAACGCCAGUAACCCCCUGGCUCACUACGACACAACUGCUGAAGAAAUCCUGGAGCAGUGUGAUGGUAAACUGGACAUGCUUGUGGCCGGAGCCGGCACAGGUGGUACGCUCACAGGCAUAGCGCGAAAGCUGAAGGAGAAAUGCCCCAAUGUCAAGAUAAUCGGUGUGGAUCCAGAGGGCUCUGCGCUGGUACAGUCAGAGGAACACAAGAGCGCUCAUUUUGAGGUUGAGGGUAUUGGGUAUGACUUCAUACCCACAGUGCUGGAUAGAUCUCUCGUACACAAGUGGUACAAAUCAGGGGAUAAGGAAACAUUCACUAUGGCACGCAAACUAAUAAGAGAGGAGGGCCUUCUCUGUGGUGGAAGUUCUGGCUCGGCGAUGGCAGCAGCAGUGAAGAUGGCUCAGGAGCUGGAGGAGGGACAGCGUUGUGUGGUCAUCCUGCCAGACUCUGUCCGCAACUACAUGUCAAAGUUCCUGUGCGAUCAGUGGAUGUGUGAGAAAGGCUUCCUGGAGAGUCCAAAUGAUAUCAAACCCUGGUGGUGGAACGUCACAGUCCAAAGUUUACGCCUGGCCACGCCCCUCACAUUUGCACCAUUCCUGGCCUGCCAAAAAGUCAUAAAGAUCCUGAGAGAGAAGGCUUUCGACCAGGCCCCGGUCAUCAGUGAAUCUGGUGAAAUCCUGGGCAUGGUGACUCUAGGAACCAUCCUGUCCAGCGUGCAGGAUGGAAACGUCAAACUAUCCGAUCCAGUCAGCAUGGUGCUCUGCACGGACUUCAGACAGGUGCAUCUGACAGAAAGCCUGGGGAGGUUAUCCUGCAUCCUCAAAACACAAAACUUCGUCCUGGUGGUGCACGAUCAGACCCAGUACGAUGCGGAGGGUUCGGUUUGUCCGAGGCAGAUGGCGUUCGGCGUCGUGACGGCGAUCGACCUCCUGAACUUCAUCACCUCCCAUGAAGGGCCCGAUCACUCACAGUCAUAAUGUUCGCCGUCACAGCAAGCCGCCGGUUCCUGUUCCUGUUCUGAACGAUGAUUCUCCUCCUCAGCAGGAAGCAGCAGCACAUGGUUUUAUUAAUUAGCUUCUUUUUUUUUUUUUUUUUUUUU